CGAAUCGUGGAACAACAACAACAGCGACGACGAUGAAGACGUCUUGUGUGUUUGUGUUUGUGUUUGCGGCUGUGGUGGCCGGCAGUGUGGGGUGCCAUGGGGAUAGUGUGGUGAGCAACGCAGGCGUGUCCAUCCCCAACGUGGUUGUGGACGAGCUGCUCAAGGCCAUCGAGCCAAAGAUUGACCAGGCCAUCAACGGCAUUCAGCUCCCCACUUGCUGCUACGAUGACGUUGGCGUGAAGCACGUGCACCUGAACUUCCAGCAGCUGAGCAUCGUCAACACGCGCGUUGGCCUGAACGUCAACACAAGCGCCAGCACGGAUCAGCUCAUCAUCGAGGCCAGCAUCCAACUCACGCUGCAAGGCUUCUAUCGGUUGUGCAUCCAUGAUGACCCGUUUGGCAAGGGAUGCUCCACUCUGGAUAAGUGCAAGGGAGAUUUCUCCAUCACGCCUUCCCUGUCGGCCACGCUUGCCUUCACGCCCAUUGUCGAGUCCACCAACACGUUGCUCGUCAACGGGACUGUCGCCGGCUUCCGCGUCCUCUCCCUCAACAACAACUUCUGCUCAUGGUUCCAGAAAGGGAUCCAGGCAGCGGAGCCAGACAUCAUCAAGGCCGGCACGAAAGCGCUUGGGGAGGUUGCCGCCUCUAUUGCCGCAAGCCUCACGCGCGCAGCCAACUCCCACAUCAACACCACCACCGCCCGCGUGGACUGGCUGUUCUCCAACGAGACGCGCAACACCCGUGCGGGCGCGGCGGUGCUGCUUGACGUGAUGCUGAUCACCCCAUCUGGGGUGAAGGCGCCGGCAAAGCAGACGGCUCAGCCCCCGCUCACCCAGCUCACAGACAACGACAUCCACGUGGUGCUUGGCGACUCGCUGCUGUCGAAUUCACUGUUUGUGCUGGCGGAGGAUGGUGUGCUCGACUUUGCCUUCAACGUUGUCAUCGCAAACCAGACGGUCCCCAUCAACAUCUCAUUCUCGGAUGCGUCUGACGUGCGGUUCAAGAGUGGCGCUGCCGUCGACCUCAACACGACUGUCGCGUUUCCGCUCCUCGGCAAGACCAUCACCGCCAACGCCGUUCUCACAGCUGCUGUCACGCUGAACGUGACACAGACGGCAGCGCACACGUUCAACGUGACGGUGCACGCGACAGAGGCAACGCUCUCCUCCAUCGGGCAGUGCUCAGACAAGGCGACGUGCAAAGUGUUGCAGGCCGUCAAGGAAUACCUGGACAAGCACGGGGCAGCCCUGGUCAACGAGGUGUUGGCCAAGGUGCCCAUUGCCGUCUCAAACCAGCACGUUUCGGAUCUGCGCGCCAUUGUGCGCGACAGCUAUGCAGACAUUGCUGUGGGCGUGGACUUUUCCUCGCUCGCCGACACGGCCGUUGCAGCCCUGCAUGCACACAUCACCAGCACCGCUGAUGGCGCUGGUGGUAUUCAGUGCCCGCAGAUUCCCGGCGCACACCAGGACGGCUGCAUCUAAGCCAUGUGUGUGUGCAUGAUAGCGUGUGGUUGCGUGCAUGUGUGUGUGUUGUGUGUGUGUGUGAUUGCAUGCACGUGUGAAUGUGUCAUCCUGUUGCGUAUCAAGCGUGACUGUGCCGUUCCCCCGUUACUGGCGCCAAAGAUACAACGCGUAAGCCCA